AUGGCAUUCACCGGUCGACCUAUUCGCAUUGCAGGUGCAUCAGGCUCUGCUUCAGACCGUCGCCAUGCCAUUGCGGAAUUUGCACGGCACCACCCGACUGACCCGGUCGAUGUGAUUAUCGCCGAUUUCAUGAGCGAGUUCAACAUGGCCACCGCUGCAGGUCGGCGGGUGGAUCAGGCUGAUGCUGCUGCUGGAGCAUCGCCGGCUUAUGACCUCUCGUUUUUGGAGGCGUUGGAACCUGCGUUGGGGGAUUUGGCCAAGUAUGGGAUUAAAUUGGCUGUCAAUGCUGGAGUCACGGAUACAAAGGGGUUAUAUGAGGUGGUUAUGAAAAUGGUGGAGGCAAAGGGGUUGGAUCUCAAGGUUGCCUGGGUAUCGGGCGAUGAAGUACUACCAGCCAUUCAACAGUCCCUUGCAGAUGGAAAGUCUGAAUUCCGCAACAUCUACACGGGCGAGAAACUAGCCGGCUGGUCCUUCGAGCCCAUCUAUGCUCAGUGUUAUCUGGGUGGACUGGGAAUUGCAGCUGCCCUCGCCGAAGGUGCAGAUAUUGUACUUUGCGGUCGAGUAUCAGAUGCCUCCCCCGUCAUCGGCGCAGCUUAUUGGUAUCACGGCUGGCAGCGUCAUGAGCUGGAUAAAUUGGCUAAUGCGUUCGUUGCUGGCCACUUGAUCGAGUGCAGUAACUAUGUCUGUGGGGGCAACUUUACUGGUUUCAAGGAGUUGGAGCAUGGCGGCGAUGGUUGGGCCAAUAUUGGCUAUCCCAUUGCUGAGAUCUCUGCCGAGGGCGACGUGGUCAUCACCAAGCAAGCGCAUGCUACUGGCGGUACUGUCACGGUUGACACGUGUACCUCGCAGCUGCUCUACGAGAUCCAGGGACCUUGGUACUACAACUCGGAUGUCACUGCUGUCUUGGACGGCAUUCACUUUGAACAGAGGGGUAUAAACCGGGUGGCCGUGCAUGGCGUUCGCUCUGGGCCUCCGCCACCAACCACCAAGGUAGGCAUCACAGCCCGUGGAGGAUUCCAGGCCGAGGCAUGGUGGUUCUUGACCGGACUGGAUACCGAAGCCAAGGCGCGCAUGUUGGAGGUGCAGAUCCGUCGUCUCCUCGCCCCAUUCUCCGACCGUUUCACUUCCUUGAAAUUUGACCUACUGGGUUCUUCAUUGUCAGAUGCCCCGGAUCAGAACCGUGCAACUGUGCCCUUCCGGAUUGUGGUGCAAGCAAAGCGAGCCGAGGAUCUUGCACCCACGCGGUUCCUCAAGCCUAUCACCGAUAAUAUCAUGCAGGGUUAUCCUGGAGCUACCUUCCAUUUGGAUUUACGCCAGGGAUUCCCUCGUGCCAUAUUCGAAUAUUACGUGACUUUGUUGCCUCAGAGUGCCGUUCAGCAUCGAGUGCAUCUACCCUGGAAACCCACGGCCAAGACGCAAGUCCUGGAUAUUGCCCCUCCACCAGCGACCAAGACGUACUCAGCUCAACAACCUUCGCAGUCAGUUACUACCACUGAUAAGCCAGUUAAUAUCAAGAAUGACUUUGGUCCCACCGUCCGAGGUCCGCUCGGAUGGAUUGUGCAUGCCCGCUCGGGAGACAAAGGGUCCGAUGCGAACUGUGGCUUCUGGGUGCGUCACCGCGACGAAUAUCUAUGGCUGCGGUCAUUACUCUCGGUCAACACUGCACGCCAACUCUUGGGGGGCAGCCAUCCUGGCAUGGAGAUUGAUCGAUUUGAGCUCCCGGGUCUACAGGCGGUGCAUUUCUUGUUCAAGAACCACCUGGACCGCGGCGUUGGGGUCACGACGACGGUGGACUUUUUGGGGAAGAAUGUGGCGGAGUACUUGCGAAGCAGGCAUGUUGAUCUUCCCGUGCGGUUUUUGAAUCGGGGGAAGCUGUAA